AUCAUUUUGAAUCCAUUUUAUGUUUUGUGUUUCUGUUAUAAUGUAUAAUUAUUUUAGAAAAAAAUGGUUGUGAGUUAUAAUAUUUGGCGAGGAUAAACAACGGUGCACUUCUUCAUGGACCAAUAGAUUACCUUUUUGAAUUUAAUGAGCUUUAAAGAUAAACUUAAUGUGUCUGUUCUUUCAGGAGUUUUCAGUCAACCUGAAAGACCAUCUGAAUUGGAUUGCAAGAACUUCCAGAACCCAACUGGUAUCGGGAGACCGGAAAUCACACAAUGCCCAGACUUUGAAUAUACUGUCUGCGGCACGGAUAAUAAUACCUAUGCCAAUGAGUGCCUGAUCUGUCAAUAUAACGCGGACCACAACCCUGAACCAAAAGUUGGUAGGAAACAUGAUGGGCCUUGUACAGACAACUGAAAGAAGAGUAACAGCACUCUCCAAGUAUUUUCGGACAACAUGAUUGAUGAUUAAGAGAUCUUUUUGCCUAAUUUACUGCUAGCAGAUCUUUAAUCUGGGUGUCGCAUUUAGUAUUAAAAAAAUCUAACCUGCAA